GCCAAAAUUCAAGUUGUACCAAGUUUUCUAAUCUAUUAUUUCGUUAGAAGCCAAAACAUUCCCAACUGGCUUAGUUCAAGACGGUGCCAUGGCAACGGACCGUGAGAGGAACUGGGAGCGAGGACGCGGAGUGGCUCAGCUGGGAGGACUUUAGCAAGCUGACCAGGGCAAUGUGACACCUGCUCAACCUGCUUCUCCAGACGGUUUCCAGGACAGCUAAACGGCUCAGGUAGCGCAACCCAAGGCUGUGCCAAUGACUCAGGUGCAGGAGAAUGACCAGGCUGUGCAGGGCAGGUGGACCGCACAACUGGUGGAGAAGAGCAGCGCUAAUCUGUGGGGUAUGCCGUUCAAAGUCAGGAAAGGAUGUGAUUCUGGGGUGAUAUUCCUCCACAAACCUGUCCCACCUCAUCUACUCCAAGCUACGUCACCUAGAGGUGUUUGGCCGAGGUCAUUAUCAGUGGGAAGGACAGAUCGAAGGUACCAGUUCAUCAGGAGUGCAACACAGAGACCAACCAGAGUUGUUACGCAAUCAAAAACAACAGCUGACAUGCCACGUACGCUCUCUCCCUGCUCAAUAACACAGUUACAGGAGCAGCUUCUCUCUGAACAACAGGAGGCUGACGCCAUCACACAGCCGCUGCUGGACACAGAGAAUGGAUUCAUCAAGGACCUGGAACUGUACUUGGAUCACAGGGACUCAGCGGCUUUGAGGAAGCGUGAGCUCCUGCACAGGCGCUGGACACAGUGCGUGUGGCAGCCGAUACAGCGAAGCGUCGAGCAGCACUUCGCCCGCUGCUGCUGUGAGGCGGCGGAGCCAAUGAGGAUGAUGCUUGAACAUUACAUUAACUACGGCAAUGCUAAGGGAUUCGUGUCUUUGGAGACAUACGAUCCUCAGGAAUACGAGCCUUUCCUGCUCCACCUUAGCAGGCCACACUCUUUUCAGGUCAGCACCCUUCCCUUGAAGGACCCGCUCUCCCUCCAGGCCCGUGCAAGAAUGAACGAAAAGAGGACCAUCCUUCGCUGCCAGACAGGGCAAGCGAAUGAAUGUCAGCGGCAGGAGGAAGGCAGGGAUGGGAGCUGCCUGCAGAGAGCCAGCAGAGUGAGUCGAGGCACUGUUGACCUGGCCACGGCCGAGGGGCGGAGCUUCCAGCCUGAGUGCUGGUCCUCUACUGGUCCAUCAUGACACUGUUUAACAUGACCUUCUGCGAAACCCUGACCCACUUCCUCUUAAUCCAGUUGUGACCUACAGUGUCAUGUAUCAUUCUUUCAGUUUUGAGAAAUGAAUGAGGAAAGCUUUCAAGUGUGUGUGUGUGUGUGUGUGUGUGUUUGUCAGGGUACUAGAUAAAACGUUCCUCAGUCUACUAAAGAUCAAACAUGCUCUACACACCGUCACUUUAGAGUAACGAAUCGGCAAAAAAUCGAAUCGACACCGUUUUCCAUUUACUGCAGAUGCAGUCGGUCAGCCAAGACAUGUUUGAUGUCCAAAUUUUGCUUCUUGAGUUCAGCACUUGAGCUACGAGGCUAAUGUAGCUGACACUAGAAGUCAAUAGUCACCCAAAUCUUGUCUGUAAAUACAUCCCCACAACUGUUCAGGUCUUCGAUGAGGUUGCACAGACUUGGCGAUGAAUGGCUGGGGUCCAAUCCCAUUUCACCCCUCACCCCUACCACUUCGCCCUAACCCCUCUAUUUUGGACAUUCAUGUCUAGGGGUGGUGUGAUUCUUCAUUCCUGUCGCAUUAGAGGGGCGGGACGAAGUGUUUGGACUAUGUGGCCCUCCAAACAGAGGUUAGAGAGAGACUCCAGAGUGAUAUGGGGGGGGGGGGUCUGACAAGACAGAGCACAAGAGACCAAAGAAACCCACAAAUAUGAGAAUUUACUCUGUUAGAAUGAUCUUAGUUUCAGUGUAUUAUGGUCAUUUUCUUCAUAACGAGCAUUAAAAAAUCACUAGUAGUUAUGCUGAUAUCUCGGUAGGUAGCUUGUAAAAUCUCCCGUUCCACCUUAAAUGAUGUAGCAGUUACAUUCUGACAUCUCUUGCAUCAGAACUGCUGCACCAUUUAAGGUGGAACGGGAAAAUUCAAACAAGAACCUGGAGAAUCACUGAA